AUGUUGCUGCAAACUAGCUAUGGACAGGACUUGGAAUUCAAUGGUGGGGUUGGUGUUGUAGAUCAACGUUUUGGGUCAGACCAAGUUGGUGUGGUGGCUUCUGGUGGAGCAAAUCUAAUGCAAGCAGUGAAUCUUUCUUUGCCCAGUUUAGGGUUUUCUCAGGGAUUCAACAAUGAAAAGAUUGGCCUUCUUUUGAAAUUGCUGUCCAAUUCAAAAGCCCUAAGAAAUCCGCCACCUUCUCCGUCAAAGCUCCCAAUUAUUGGAAAUCUCCACCAACUUGGAUUGCUCUCUCACCGCUCCCUCCAAACAUUAGCUCAACAAUAUGGACCACUCAUGCUGCUUCACCUCGGCAGCAAGCCCGCUCUCAUCGUCUCCUCUGCUGAUGCAGCUCGCGAGAUCAUGAAAACCCAUGAUGUCAACUUCGCAACCAGACCUAAAUCAAGCAUUCCCAUGAAACUUUUCUAUGACAAGGACGUUGCAUUCGGUUCUUAUGGAGAGUAUUGGAGGCAACUAAGAAGCAUUUGUGUAUUCCAACUUCUGAAUAACAAAAGGGUUCAGUCUUUCCGUAGAGUGAGAGAAGAAGAAACAAGUCUUUUGUUGGAGAAGAUCGAACAGUCUUCUUCUUCUUCAGUAAAUUUAACUGAAAUGUUAAUCUCACUGACAAAUGAUGUAUUGUGUCGCAUAGUAUUGGGAAAGAAGUACAGUGAACGAGAAGGAGAGAGGAAGUUAAGGGAGUUGUUUAGGGAUUUCAUGGAGAUUUUGGCUGUUUUCAAUGUGGGGGAGCAUAUUCCAUGGCUUGCAUGGUUGAAUUCUAUCAACGGUUUGAAUGCUAAAGUAGAGAAAGUUGCUAAGGAACUUGAUAAUUUUUUGGAGGAUGCAGUGGAAGAGCAUAUGGAUCGUCUAAAACCGGAGAGGGAUGGUGGCGGGAAUGACGAAGGGCGAGAGGAUUUCUUGGACAUUUUACUUGGAAUUCAAAGAGAGAAGUCCACCUCCUUUCCUAUUCACAGAGACAGCAUAAAAGGUGUCAUCUUGGAUAUGUUUGCUGCUGGAACUGAAACUACUUACACAACUCUAGAAUGGGAAAUGAUAGAGCUUUUAAGACACCCCAAAGUCAUGAAGGAACUGCAGAAUGAGGUUCGAGGAAUAGCCAAAGGCAAAGAGGACAUAGUCGAGGAUGAUUUAGAGAAAAUGCAUUACUUGAAAGCGGUGAUCAAGGAGUCUAUGCGAUUACAUCCUCCUAUACCAUUGCUAAUUCCUCGAGAAGCCAUUAAAGAUGUCAAAGUAAUGGACUACGACAUUGCAGCUGGCACAAAAGUGUUUAUCAAUGCUUGGGCAAUUUCACGAGACUCAACAUUGUGGGAAGACGCUGAAGAGUUUCAGCCAGAAAGGUUCUUGAAUACUUCAGUAGAUUAUAAAGGGCAGGACUUCCAAUUUACUCCAUUUGGAGCUGGCAGGAGAGGUUGUCCCGGAAUCCAUUUCGCCAAGUCUGUUUAUGAGCUUGCAUUAGCAAAGCUUGUACACAAGUUUGAUUUUGCAUUACCUGAUGGAGCAAAAGGCCAAGAUAUGGACAUGACUGAAGCCCCUGGUAUAACCCUCAACAGAAAGAAUCCUCUGCUUGUUGUUGCUACUCCGUAUUCUUGCUAGUCAGCCACCGGCCUUGCUACAAAUGAAGCUAAAACAUAAAUAUAUGAUUUUGUUAAGCUGUUGUAGUCAUAUUUUCUUUAAAAGUGUCCUAAAUAAAGCAUCCUUUACUUAAAUGAAGCAUUUUUGGAGAAUGCUAUAUAUCACCUUUACCUAAAAAUUUAGUUAAAUUAUUAGUUUAAAUGGCAAUAGCAAAAAAAAUAAAUAAAUAAAUAAAAUAAAAUAAAAUCGACUUAUUGGAAGCAAUCUCUGAUUAGGCAAAUACACAGCCUAAUCUAGACUCAGCAGCCUCUCUUUGAUGAAUUGCAGAAGCAGCAGCAUGUUAGCGGCUUUGUGGUCUCAUGUUAGAACUUGUUCUGUUUAGAAGCAACCUCU